GAUGGCGACUUUCAAACACUUGCCAAUUUUGUUCCUGAUUUUCUUUCAACUUCAAAAAGUAUUUGGUUUACUCAAAGAAAAUGAGUUACAGAAGGCGUUUGUUACAUAUGAUUCUAAAGCAGAUAAAUUAUCCAUUGUUACAUCAGAACCAAUUGAUUAUGUUGCGAAAGCAGACUUUCAAAAUUCGGUGAAUUCUACAUGUUGGUCAUACCUGGAUGUUACCACCAAUCCCCAGUAUAAUGAUUCUAUGCAGGCCUAUGCUGCUGGUAUGGUGGAAGGGUUCUUAACAAAGGAAUUAAUACAAUACAGUUGGCAGAAUACGGCUGCAGACUACUGUACACAGCCAUACAACCAAUACUGUAAAAAUUUACAGAAAUUCUUGACACAAAACUAUAAUUGGGUUAAAACAGAAAUUACUCAAAAUUUUGAUUCUCCUUUCUGGCAUAAUGUAAGGUUAUUUUAUACUCAGGUGUCUGGAUUAGAUGCAGGGUUUACUGGAACACCUAAACAGGUUAAUUAUGAUGUUGAUGUACUUGGCAUGUUUUACAUCCUUCAACUAUCAGGAGAUCUCGAAGAUUUGGAAUCAGUUUUACAUAAACCCCAGAAAUCGCACGUCUUGGGUUCUGGGUCAUGCUCAGCUAUAGUGAAAUUAACACCAGGAAACAAGGAUCUGUAUGUAGCUCAAGACACAUGGACUGGUUUUAAUGAAAUGUUACGUGUUUUAAAACGGUAUAAUUUCGCCUACAGAAUGUCUGAAACAUCUUCAGAUUUGAAACAUGAGACAUAUUAUAAAGUGUUAUAUCUUAAGAUAGUUUAAAUAUUUACAUAACAUUUUACAAGUAUUCAUGAAUAAGCUUUCUGGUUACAUGAUAUGUGCCCCAUUCUCUAUCACUGUGACCAAGGCCAGUGCUUUCAUUGAGACUAGUCUCCAUACACCCUAAUAUUAUUAAACACAAUGACAAAAACAUUAUACAAAAUAUGAAUUAAUUCCUAAUUAAAAAGGUGUUAAUCAAUCAGGGAUGUGUUAAUUAUGAUGUCCAUCUGAUAUCUAAAGUGUUAAUAAUAAACACCUGUUUAAUAUGGAUGUCAAUCACUUGCCAAUUAUAAAAUAAAAGUUAAGACAGUCUGUCACACAUAUUUAUGCUCAUGCAAACCAUAUCUAAAUGACUAGGACGCUAUAUUCAUGUCAGUCCUUUCCAACCGUAUUACUGACAAGGGAGAACCAUGCUGACACAAUACACAGUAAGAAUUGUCUGAAGAACACAUUACAACAUGAUUCAAGUCCUGUUUUAAUAUUUCUAAUUUUCCUGUUAUAUAUAUUCUGCUGAUUGCUAUAGUUUCAAUUACCCAUUCAGUAUAUAUAUAAUAGUGUUCAUUUACUUGCUAUUCAUAAUUUCAAUGUACAAUUAUUUUUUCUGUGGCUUAACAUACACAUUAUCUAAAACAUUUGCUUUUAAGCCAAUAAUAUAUUCUUUAUCACUAAC